UGGGUUAGGUUAGGUUAAAUUAGGUUAUAUCUUUCGGAAGUGGUGUCCCCCUGUAGGGGGGGGGGGGCGGAACCCACUGUGUCCACGCAUAUACUUUACAACGCAAAGCGAGCUCAACCUCUUCCGCCUAAUUAUGUUUUAAUUGUAUAGUAUUUUAUAUUUUAAGUUUAAAUUUAGUGCAUUCUAGCGAAAUGUAACCAAAACGCAUGCGCAUGUGGCCACACAGCAUGCGCAUAUGGCCAUAUUAGAGCAUACUCAUGUCGCUGCAUUUCGUCGAUUAUUAUACACAAUAAUGUUUUCAAAGAAUGUCAAGCCAACAUUAUUGUGUGGUCCAAAAAUACUGAGCAAGUCUUUUAUGUUUGAGGCAGCAAUAUAUUGGGCAGAAAGGGGACGACGUGUCAUUUAUAUUACGCCAACCCCUCUAGAAAGACGACCAGCAGUUUGUCACGACAGAACUAAUCCAGCAGUUGCGGCUCUCGAUCUAAUGAGAUUUAUCGCCCAAUGUUGGAAUCUCCUUCUAAUGCUUUUGCUCGCAAAAAAGCAAUUAAAGAAAAAAAGAAUCAGGCGUUGGUGGGUGCGUCCAAUUAAUUAUGGUCGAGAAACCCAGGGAAUCUAUAGGAAUCUGUUUAGAGAAUGGAGAACUACAGACCACGAAGAAUUCUUUGAUUAUACACGCAUGAAUGUACAGCAGUUUGAUUACAUUUGUGAUUUGGUGAGACCAUAUCUAAUUAAGCGAAGCAUCAAAACUCCAUUGCCUCUACAGUUACGCGUGGCUAUCAUUCUUGAAAUGCUAGCGCGAGGCACAUCAAUUAGGACAUCUUCAUGGAGUGAUAGAAUUGGACGUUCCACUGCAUAUAAAGUGUUUAGAGAAACCUGCAGUACUUUGUGGAAAGCUCUUCAACCGAUAUAUUUGCAGGCAUUGACAAGAGAGACUAUGGUGCAGAUAUCUGAGGAUUUCUUUAACCGAUGGCAGUUUCCCAAUUGUAUCGGAGCUAUUGACGGUAAACACAUAUCAAUACAGUGCUCCCCAAAAACUGGUUCUCAGUUUUAUAGCUCUUACAAGAAAAGAUUUUCUAUAAUCCUCAUUGCUGCAUGUGAUGCUAAAUAUCGAUUCACGUGGGUGGAUGUUGGCGAUUAUGGAUCUCAAAGUGAUGGAGGUGUGUGGGCAAACAGCGCUUUCGGCCAGGUUAUUGAUGCAGGUGAAAUUGACUUUCCUUUUCCAAAGGAGAUUCCUGGCAGGAUGCCAUCCUUCACUUUUGUCGCCGAUGAAGCAUUCCCACUUGGCAUCCAUAUGUUGCGUCCAUAUGCCAGAACUUACAGAACUUUUGGCAAUGCAGAAAGAAUAUUCAAUUAUAGACUCAGUCGUGCCAGACGUACCAUUGAAAAUACGUUUGGAAUCAUGUCAUCAAGGUGGCGUAUUUUGAGAAGGGAUCUGUGUUGCAUACCAGAAACAGCGGAAGACAUUGUAAAAGCAAUUGUGUGUCUUCAUAACUUUCUGAUGGUAUCUGAAGACGAUUUAGCACCAUUGGAAAGGACCUAUUGCCCUGCAUCUAUGCUAGAUAGAGAAAGAGUAGAUGGAGAUGUCAUCGAAGGUGAGCGGAGAAGAGAAAUGUACAGGGGACCGAUCACUGAUGUUGGUCGACUUGGGUCCAACAAUCCCACAGUGAGAGCUGAUGCUCAGCGAAACAUCCUCAAAGAUUAUUUUUGUUCGGACAUUGGUCGGCUGGAUUGGCAGUGGGAACAAGCGCUAAGGGCAUAUAAUGUUAAUCCCCCUUAAUAAUAUAAGUUAAUGUAUAAUAAGUUAAGUUUAAUAUAUAAUAAGUUAAGUUUAAGGUUUAAUGUAUUGUUACGUCCUGGCGAUUCCACGAUUCCUUCCUUCCGCGAAGUGUCGGCAACGAUCGUCGAUUGGUGAGACAAACGAACCGCUCAGUAAACAGACCAACGUAAAAGAUCGAUGAUAAAAACAUGCCGGUCUCCACAAGAUAAAAUAAAUUUUUCUAACGAAAUACCCAACAAACACAGCUGCAUCUAUAAUAGUAAAAUUUUCCAACGAAUAUUAAAUAAACACAGCUGCACCAAUAACAAUAAAAUUAUUAUAGAAGAAUAGGAUCUUUUUCUAAUCUGAACACGUGCAAGAAAUCUCCGAACGAAUAUCGAACUCACCAAUGGACGAUCACUAUGAGUAAAACGUAAAAAGUAGGGGAAACACCCCGCCUAACGAAGACACUGGCACAUUUUUAAUUUGCUAAGAUUGAAAAAUUCCCACUUCUGCGCA